UUGAGGUUAACCUGACCGACAACUACACAUUUGUGUUGAGCGCAUUGUUCAGUAAAUAAACGAGUGGUGCGUUGCAAAAAUUGAAAGUCAUGCGAAUUUGCAUUAACAAUUGAAAAAUACAAUAUUCCUAAUCGAAAGCGACAAUUCGAUACCAGUGAAUCCCCGAAUUAAUACCAUCUCAAGAGUCAUUAACUUUCGUGUGUUUAACCUGGGAUAAAGAAAAGUGCACACUCAAGAAAUUUUCAACAGGGAUGUCCGCCUUUAUGCGUCGAAUCCGCGAUCAGUAAUUCCCCUGUUCUUUUACCUAGAAUCCAGCACACCACAACGUGCCUCUAUCAAUUACUCUAUUAAAUCUCCCCAAUAAAUCCCUUAAAAAAUCGUUUAAGUACUCAAGAACAUUGAAUUAUUCCUCAAUUAAACAAUUAUCAACCUUAACAUCAAUUAAAUAAUAAAUAAUAUCAAUGUGAGCCACGAAAACUUAUGGAUAGUCGAUCGUCCUUGAUUUUCACAACAUCUCGAGUCACUAUAUAAUUUUGGAAAAAUAAUAGACAAACUUUAUAAAGAGAAUUAACAAGAGAUAAAAAAUAAACAUUUUUUAUAAAAUUUGAAAGUGAGAAAAAUCGUUAAAAAAUUCACAUAAUCCUACAUAAUUUUGCGACGAGUAAGAAUAAAUGAAUUGAUAAAUGAAAAAUGGAAAAUCUUGUUGCUGACGUAGCGAAAGUGAGAAAACGUAAACGAGUUACAGCAGCAGCAAUUCCGAAACUUCAGGUGAGUGAGUGCGUUCGUGAAUUCAAAUUGCCACAGGCUUUUCCCAGCAUGGCCAAUGCCGUCAAAAAAUCUGCGAUGAAUGUCAGUCUGGAAAGAGUACGGAUGCCUCAGUCUACGAUAAGCCUCAAGAUAAAUUCAGGAAAGAUCGAUCCAAACACAAAACUUCAAAAGCUCAAGCUGAAGACACCUGAUGGACAGGACCUGGGGGAGUUUAACAUUCAGGUGCUCCCCACGAUGCAGGGAGACAAGUCUAACCCAAUGCUGAAUACCAUCAAUCCUGAUGGUAAAUUUUCACAGAUCAAGCUUUCAGGAGACGAUGUGAAGAGUGGAUCGACUAUAUCUUCUAUUAAGUAUCUGCAAAAACCCAUUCAGGACGUGUCCAAUGUUGAUAACACAGCAACACAUGGGGUUCUCAUUCCAAUUUCUCCAAUGGUGAUGAAUGGAAAGAACUACACAGUCCAGAAUUCUGCCUGUCAGCAGAUUAAAGUCCAUAGCAAUGGAAAAAUCGAUCCCAUGAGUCCUGUCGCCUUGAAUUUCAACAAAAUCGAGGCAAUUCCCAACGUCAAUAUCAAGAACGCUAAGAAUCUGCCGGCUGGAAUGAAAAUCAAACUCGUGAAUAGGAGAAAUGUUAAAGUUAAUGGAGUAACACAAAUUAUAAGCACUGACAACUCGAGUGUUGGAAAAAGAAAGUCGGGGGAUCUCCCCCUUAAUUCUCGAAUGGAACCUAAUAAAAUUAUCAAACUGGAGAGCCUGAACAACCUGGAGACGAUGAAUUUGCAGAACGAUACGUAUUAUGUUGUGCCUGAUGAUGAGACUCUGCAGGCUAUUCCUGAGUUGGAGCUUCAGAAUCGGGUCUCAUCCGAAGGUGACACCAGGCAGACUCCCAGGAGCUCCUUGGGACGAGUGAAUCUUCUCAGGAAGGACAAGUGGAACUCCACCAUUUCGACUAGAUCUGAGUGUGACAGCACGAAUACGUCAGCUGUUGCUCAGCAGGACGGGGACUUUGGUGUCGACCCUGAACUUGAUGAUGAUCUGAGCGCCCUGGGGGAGGCCCUCAGGUCCCUUCCUGAUGUUAAUCUCAGGAACAAAGCCCUCGAAGCCCUCAAGAGCGUUGGCAUCGGGGCGGAGAGACUCAUACCUAAAAAAACCGUUGAACAUAUUUCAGUGAAGGAUUCUGGGACUCAGACUGAGGUCUUUGGUCUCCUGGAGAAGGGGAAGGAGGAAUUCAUCAAGGCUUGUGAUGAUCCCAAUUUGGAGAGGAUUCCUCUGAAGGAGAAGCGUUUCGAAGCCACGGAGAAAAGGCGACCGAGGUUCGAUGGGAUUGAGUUGGAUUCUAUGCUGAUGAGACUCGCUGAUGAUGAGAGGGUCAAAAAGGUGAAUAAUAUGAUGAAAUUCGAUCCUAGUACUGAGAAGAUCUACCGCAUGUUGCAGAGGGACUUUGAGAAUGUCAGGAAAUACGAUGAGAAUGGAUUUUUGGAUAUUCAUAAGGCUGUUUUCGAUGACAAUGUCACAGGGGUCAAGAAACAGAUUUUACUUUUGAAGGCUUGUAAAAUCAGUGUUGAUAUUCCCACAAAAGAUGGACAGUCGAGUUUGGAAUUGGCGCUUAAAUUCGCCGAAUCGAAUGAGAUAAUUCGAUUGCUAUUGAACGCCGGGGCGAAUCCUACGUCAUCGGAAAUAGCUCACGAUUCAGCGUUGACGAUAGCGAGUAGAAAUUCAACGUGGUGUCUUGAUCUGCUAAUAAAAAAGGCGCCGACAGCUGGGGAUCUCAACUACGUCGACGCGGAGGGCUUCGCUGCGAUCCAUUACUGUUCGCAACAAGGGAAUUAUGCAGGAGUAAUGUCGCUGAUCAGGGCAGAUGCUGAUCUCAAUGUUCGUGACGGUAAAUCGGGCAGAACACCCCUAUUCCACGCCCUGGAGAACGACGAGCUGACCAUAGCAAAACAAUUACUCGUCAACGGGGCAAAACCGCAUAUUCCAAAUUUCUCCGGUCAGACGUGUUAUCACCUGUUUGAUGAGAUCAAGCACGUCUCGUUGAAAGAAUUCCUGACGAAAACUCCAACCAAGAAAUAGACUAA